CGGUCUCGGCGUGCCGGGCCCAGGGCGCCCCGCGGGGGCGUGCGCGCCACACGCGUGCGGGGCAGGCUGGGCGCCGGGCGGCACCCUCCCAGCCCCGGCGUCUAUUUACCAACAAACUGCCGGCGCUCAGCAGCGGCGCAUUCCGACGCGCUGACGAAGCGGCUGGCGCUGGCGGUCUGCACUUGACUCCCCUGCAGGUCCACGGCGGCUGGACCAGAAUCGACGUGCAGACCCCCGAAAUCGGAAGACUGCAAAUGCAGAUUCCCUGCGUCUCCGCAGCCCCAGGGCCUCUGCCCACCACCCAGCUCCCUGUCCCUCGGGCAUUCAGGCUUGCCACCUCUCUAGCAUUUCUGCCAUUAUAACUGAGGUUCCUGGACUGCACCAAUCGCUCUGCAACCCCAGCACCUCUCGGAGGAGACCCCGAGAUAGACUGGCCUGGAGCGUGCUCACCGCCCCCCUCCCAUUUCCCACUUCUCUACAGCGGGCUGUCCCGGGGGGCGGGGCCCGGCUCCAACUCUCCGUGAGGUCACCGCGGGCGGCAGCCAAUCCGGGACGUCUAAGAGGGCGGGGCCCCCGUCGGGUCCCGGGAACCGAACCCGAUGGAGAGGAGGGGGCCCCCAUGGAUUUAGGGGGGAGGGGAAAGUCAUGGGGGGGCACCCCCCCGGAACCCCUUUCCCAGGCGCGCGUUCUCCGCUGAAAGAGGCUCAGAGAGACACUUUCUCCGGGAUCUUAAGUGUGGGGGCUGCUGGCUGGGGGGCCCGUCCGGCCCAACGCCGGAGGCUUGGAAAAGAGAGUUGGCAGCGGGAGCGGACUACGUGCCGGGCCAUGGCCCUUCUGCCCGGGCCCUGGCCACAAUGACCUCCUUGCCCUGCCCUCUCCCCGGCCGGGACGCCUCCAAAGCUGUCUUCCCAGACCUCGCCCCCGUCCCGUCGGUAGCGGCUGCCUACCCGCUUGGCCUGUCCCCUACAACCGCAGCCUCCCCCAAUUUGUCCUACUCCAGGCCGUAUGGCCACCUCCUGUCUUACCCCUACACCGAGCCAGCGAACCCUGGAGACUCCUACCUGUCCUGCCAGCAACCCGCGGCGCUCUCUCAGCCCCUCUGCGGACCUGCAGAGCACCCUCAGGAACUCGAGGCAGACUCGGAGAAGCCGCGGCUGUCCCCGGAACCCUCAGAGCGGCGCCCUCAGGCCCCGGCCAAAAAGCUCCGCAAGCCGAGGACCAUCUACUCCAGCCUGCAGCUGCAGCACCUAAACCAGCGUUUCCAGCACACGCAGUACCUGGCGCUGCCCGAGAGGGCCCAGCUGGCAGCGCAGCUCGGCCUUACCCAGACCCAGGUAAAGAUCUGGUUUCAGAACAAACGCUCCAAGUAUAAGAAGCUCCUGAAGCAGAAUUCUGGGGGGCAGGAAGGGGACUUUCCUGGGAGGACCUUCUCUGUGUCUCCCUGCUCCCCACCCCUCCCCUCCCUCUGGGAUCUACCCAAGGCAGGGACCCUGCCCACCAGUGGCUAUGGCAACAGCUUUGGAGCCUGGUAUCAGCAUCACUCCUCAGAUGUCCUGGCUUCGCCUCAGAUGAUGUGAAUCUGGGCAAGGGCGGGUCAGGCCCACAGCCUUCCUGCAAAGCCCAGGACCCAGGCAGUCCACAUGCACCCGUUCUGGGCUGGGAGGAAACCAGCUCCAGAUGGGUUUUCUCUGGAGGACAAGCAGUUAGAGGAGAAAAAGGAAUGGAGCAGAGCCUGUACCCCUAACCCUAACAGCUAAAUCAAGGACCUCAGCCUUAUAUAAUCAUUGUCCUCACCACUACCAUGGACUGGACACCUUCCCUCCAGCUGGACAAAGACUCUGGAGAGAGAGCCAUUGGCUGGAGUUGAGACUGUCCCCAGAACCCUUGGUCUUGCCACUCCCCCACUCCUUCUUCCCUCUCUCCCUUUCUCCUCCCCCUGCUUUCUUGAAAAGGACUGAAUCGCCACUACAGCCUGGGUGCAAAACCAGCAAGAAACAUGGAGUAUUUUUUUUUCUUUGUGUGCCUUUGGCCUUGCCCAACUCAUUUGUGAGCAAAAGCAGAAGUGGACCACCAUCAGCUCCCACCCACCCAGCGAUUUUUCCCUGGAGGUCAGCCCGUUACCCCCAUAACUGAUUUACCUGCUUACCAUACUGGGAGGUAGAAGAGAUGCAGAGAAAUGUGGAAUUUAUGGACCUAUGGGUAAUUUAUGCUUUCCUCCUAAAAAAAAAAAAAAAAAAGCCCUCUUUCCCACCCUCUCCCCAUCUCCCCUUUUUGAAUAGAUAAUGGAUCCAAUUAUCCAUAUAAUUCAAUAGGUAUUUAUUGAGAGGCUCCCUUCUAUUCCCCAUCCCUAAUCCCUAACGAACCCACGGGCACACACUUUUGGAAACCUGGUAAAGUAACACUUGGGGGGAAAUGGGGACAAACUGGCUCUCUGGAUUAGAGCGGGUAUAGACACCCCCAAAUAGGUGGGUAGGCCCAUUGAUUCAGCUCCUUGCAGCUGUCUCUGUUCAAAGGAACUGUGCAGAUUUAGAACCAAUUGGAGCUUGAGCUUCACACCACCAGCUUCCAGAGAUUAAAGUUUGUACAAAACAUUGCA